AUGGGGAGAAUUGAGAAGGUGGCUAGCUCUAAGCAUGAGGCUACGAUUUCGCCGGCGAUAGCUCAGUUUGCAAAGAAAGCUAUUGAGAUUCCCCUUGCCGAACUCCCGUCGUACCUCGUGACAUUCCCACGCCAGUGGCCGUUUCCGCGGGGUGACCUUUAUCACUGGAUUGGUGUCUUGAAUCGAUUUGAUGAGCUGCUGGCGCGUGUUGCAACAAAAUAUGGACUUGACGAAGGACCGCAAUCGACGCCUUUUGGUCGGCACGUCCUCGUCGAAGACGCUGUUUCCACGCGUCUGGUUUCCAAUGAACAGGAUUGUGAACAAAAGCUCAACCAGUUGGGACUAGGACCAGAGGGUGAUAGAGAGCUAGUAGAGUCAAUCUUAGACUUCUCGCGGCUCCUGCUAGAGAAAUGCGGCAACCGAAGUUUGUUUAGUAGUAGCGAGCGCCUAAACGCUUUUCUGAACACAACUUCACUCAGUCUCAUUCAAUGUACUCUACGACUUUCUCUCUGUCUGGCACAGCGAUACUACUUCCGCCAACGAUCAACCAGCAGCACCCACUUCCACCAGAGUUUAUUGGCUGCACAUUAUAAUAUUGAGCUGGAACGUGUCCAGAAACUGGCAUCGCCUUUCCCUCGCCCGCCAUCGUUCAUUGAGACCGCUGAAGCAACGUCAUUGGAAAAAGGAAAGGAGAAGGCUGGCCAGCCUAGCGCCGCGUCUGGUGAUAGAUGCAAUGCUAAUGACCUGAUUUCAUUGACCAAGGUGCCGUCCGACAGGAUUACUAUGACAGAUAUCUCCCCAGCAGCCGAGGUGGGUACUGCAGAAUGGAAAGACUGGGGGACUGUUCGGUUUUCUUAUUACCCGCGCGAUACUGCGGUGGAGCCGUCUAGCAGCACAUUCGGCACUUCUCAAGUUCAGAUGACACCAACACCAUCACGCACCAGAUCUUCCGAAUAUCAGAGUUCUAGAUUGCUCCAUGGAUCAAGUGUGGACGACUCUCCAAUUCCUAUGACUCAGUCGCCCGCUGUGAGACAAGAGGCGGCUAGAGGGAUGAGAGUACUGGAAAUUCCAAGCGCCAAGGUAUUAUCUACUAGUACUGAAGAACUUUUGAAGGAGAAUUUGAUCGAGUUACCAAAAGAUUCGGCAUACGAUUUUUUGAAUCGUCUUCGAAUAGCAGCUGCUCUCGCAAAGUCGCCUGAGUCAAGAAGACAAGUACUUGGCAUUAGACUUCUUGCUCUAACAAACUUGGCCUACAUCUACCCUGAAGCUAUAUUCCAACAAAAAAUCCUUCAGCAAGAUUCUGAUGAGCCGAAACGUCUUCAGCUGGCGUACCAACUUUCUGAGUUUGUGCACCUCGGGGUUGCUGGUGACAUUAGUGCAUCCACAUUAAAUCAGUCGUUCGCCUUAACAUGUUUAGAUGCCCUGGCUAAACAUAAGGCUAGAUCCGCAGAUGUCUGUGCAGCAUUAAAUUUGAAUGUCAACCAUGGAAUUUUGAUGUUUCUGGUCCGGAAAACUGUCUCUGAACUUGCAUCGGAGGACGACUCGUUUGAUGACGUUGAGGGAGAUGACUGGCGUGAUGCCCUUUUUGGACUUCUUCGGACCCUUCCUAGCUCUGGAACAAGAGCUCCAGAAACAUUGGUGUCAGCUGGUUUGAUCCCUAUGUUCGUCGACAUGUUGAACCUCCGAACGGAGAAGGCCCGAAGGGUAUAUCCUAGAGUCUUGGAGUUCCUUGACAGCUUCGUCCACUCAGUCCGAGAUGCCCUGGCAACCCUGGCUGCGGCGAAGGGCUUCGACGCUAUUUCUGACCUUAUUGCGACUGAGACAAAAUCCGCAUUCGAGAUGGUGGGCGAAGGUAAUGGCAUAUCCGAAGAUUAUAAAACUCCUUCUACCGAUUAUUCCAUUCCUUAUUUUCAACAGCAGGCGAUCCGAUGGCUGUUCAAGUUUGUCAAUCACGUAAUGCAACAUAAUAGCGGUGGUUUUGAACGUUUGAUCCGGAAUUUCAUAGACUCCCCCCCUCUUCUUAAUGCACUUCGCCUUGUUAUUGAAAACGCGAAGACUUUUGGCUCUCAUGUCUGGAGUGGCUCUAUAAACAUCAUGAGCCACUUUAUUCACAAUGAGCCAACCAGUUACGCUGUCAUAGCUGAAGCCGGUCUCAGCAAAAGCUUCCUCGAGGCAGUUAUGUGCAAACCGCUUGAAGUUCCGGAUGAGCCAACUGAAGAGAACAAGAAGCCCGCCAAACCACAAAAUCUGUUUAACCCAGCAUCUGCUUCUUCGGACAGUAAAUCUCUCCUUGACCACCUUUCGAAAGCCCCUGAACGUAAGGGCUCUGAUGGAAUUCUACCUUCUACGGAAGCUAUUGUCGGUAUACCAUUGGCAUUUGGAGCAAUCUGCUUGAAUUCAACCGGUCUAGAGCUAUUCCAGUCGUCAGAUGCACUAGAAAGAUUCUUUGAUAUUUUCGAGAGCCCCGCCCAUGUGAAAUGCAUGAAAAAUGAUUCUAACUUGCUUCGACUGCUGGGAAAUUCAUUUGAUGAACUGGUGAGACAUCAUCCAGCCUUAAAGGCUGCAGUCAUGAGCUCCGUUCUACGUAUGGUUGCUCGUGUCGGCCUCCUCGGCAAGUACAAGGCGUGGGAAUGUGGUCUCGGAGCCAAGCUCUGGCUUGAGGACCAAGAUGAGAAAGAAUCUAUUUCUGGUGGUCCGUCUGCUAUCGUUGGCGACCUCUGUGCCGACUUCUCCCCAAGUGAAGAUCAUUGGCCCAGCUCAUCAGUUCCUAACCUAGGCAACAGCAGUACUACCUACCGAGAGCUCUUUGGGGAACUAGAUGCUAGCAAGUGGACUACCAAGGAUGUUGAUGCGGACGGUCUUGCUGUUUCGGGUUAUAUAUUCCCCGUGUUGAAAUUCCUGGGAGCCUUCUUUGAGAACCAGGGUAUCUGCGCCAAUUUCAUAGAGAGCGGUGGAGUGGAAUAUGUGCUCGAUUUUGCUGUGCUUCAGUCUCUGCCGUUUAGCUUCCAUAACAAUGAAGCAAACCACCAAUUGUCUCAGGUCAUUCAUCUCAUGUCAGAGACAAAACCUCACCUGGUACUUCCGCCCUUACUUAACCGCACGCUCUCUGCCCUCGACAAGCUAGAGCCAUUCUGGUCGGGUAACCCUGGCCCAAAGGGUUUUUUCUCUCCGUUGACAAGCUCCUUAUCGGAAGAUAAAACAGGUCUCGAAGCGUCAGAGGUGCGAGCUAAGGGGACGUAUUAUGUUAAACACCUCGUCGCAGUUGGAACUCUUACGAACAUCCUUCGUGAAGUCUACACCCCACCAAUAUAUCCUACACGUCCAACUCAGCAACCGCUCCCAUUCCACCAAGUAAAUCUAUCUGACCAGUAUGCGUUGGUUGCUGAAAGAUUGGGGCGUUUGCAUGCCGCUUGUGUUUGGGAGGAGAUACUGCUACAGAAAAACAUUCCUGAACCCCUAAACGAUCUUACUACACUUCCAGGAUUCACAGGUCUUGACAUGGUUAAUGACGGACAAGAAACACCACCCGUUACUGCAGCAGACGGCGUAUCCGAAAUAGGCGAUGCAGGUGCUGAGUCGCAUGUCGGGGAUCUACCCUCUGCGGCCCAUGGAAGUCGAACUAAAAAGUCCACUAAACUGGACAACCCUGCCUCCACCCAACUAGAUAAAGGGGCAGCGGUAAAGAAUGUCAAGACUCUGCGUUGGUUGUUGGGCACUCUCCCGACAUGUAUCACUGGAUUCCUUCAUUCCCUUGGCCGUGGACUCGUUGGCAAACGACGCGUGGAUACUUACCAACGACAGAAAGCAGCCAUGGUUGCCGGCGCCAUUGCAUCUAUGGUCAUUCAACAGUUAGAGCUGAAGGGACCAAAUGAGUGUGCUUCCACAAAGGAUCGGUUUUCAUACCUCAUUGUCAUUCUCUCAUCAUUCUCACGAUUACUAUUUGACUCCACUGAACGGGCCCACUCGCACUGUUUGACCAUGAUUCUUCUUGCGUUCAAGAAGCAAAACGGAAUACAGAAAAUGAAGGAAUUAGCUGAUAUAUUCUUUCAAGAAGUCAAAGCGUUAGCGCCAUUAGCGCAGUCAGCUUCUUCACCCCCAGACCGUCCAGCUAGGCUCGCAUCAGCAUAUGGUGGAAUUAAAAUAAUCUUGACAUUCUUUUCCGAGAUGACGUCUGCACGAUAUAUCCUUGAUUCUGCUCAGACCCUAGCGAUGGCCAGUAGUGACCGUGACAGAGAGCGUGCUGAUUUUUUCCUUCCUCAACAAUUCUUAGUUGAACUUCGAAUGGAAGCAUUACCCUUGGUGAAAGGGAUGUGGACGUCAGACUUUGUGGAAACUGCGUCAAGUUCCAUUGUUAAGUCCUUAAUUGAGAUUCUUCGCCUAGUACUUGAAGCAGAGCAUGAAUCCAACGCCUACCGCCGUGGAGAUAAUAUACCUAACCCUCAAGCAGUAUCGCCUAGGGUAUUUUCUAUUCAACGUGAACGCCUCGGCCACCUUAUUGAUAAGGGAUAUGAUGAAUCCCUUGCCCGUGAGGCGUUGUACCGUUGUCAUAACUCCCCUAGCGCCGCCGAAGAGUACUGCAAUACCCAAAAAGGUGUUCGUGUUCCACCAAGAAAUCCAAUCCCAGAGUCUGACGUAGAAGCCGGGGCGACGAAACCAAGUACUACUCCACGGGAAGAACAAAGUUUAGGAAGCCGUGGAGGUAAUGAAACUAGCCAGGGUCCCUCAACACGGCCUGCGCAGGACUUGGUAGACCCAAUUGCGUCAAUUCUGGCAGAGAUACAUGCCGAAGCUAUGGAAGUUGCGGAAGCAGAAGGUGAUACAUCUUCUGAAGCGUCACCAACAUCGAGUACCAAUAAUGCUAGGGCUCAAAAUUCGGCUGCCUUUACAGGCACCGAAGGCCAGACUGGGGAAGCUACUCCUACGGUACCACCAAAGAAGCGAGAAGUUGUAACUAUUGAUGACCUGGACAAAGAGCGAGAUAACCUUCGCUCUAAUUUAAUAGAGCGAUGCUUAGAAGUCCUAAAUGCCCAUCAUGACAUUACCUUUGAUUUGGCCGACCUUAUCAACUCUGCCUCCAAAGUGGACAAUCCAUUUAAUUUUAGGAGAGAGAUUGCUUCUCUUCAGAUGGAUGAGAACUUCUUAUCCGGGGGAAAGAAGAUAGCGGCACAUGCCAGUCUUCUUGCCUUACUUCUUCAGGAGCCACAGUUUUAUGAAUCUACACUUGAGCCUCUCCAGGACAACUUCUACGUGCUACUUGGAUUCAUCAAAGUCCCACCUGCUACGUCAGAUAAAUCAACUGAAGAAUCUUGUCCUUGGAUUGGUCAGAUCCUGCUUAUUCUCGAAAGAGUCCUCGCAGAAGAUGCCGCGCCUCGCUCCAUCCGGUGGAAUCCACCAAAUGCAGAUACCCCCGAGGAUUCCGAUAUCGCCGAAUUAGGGGAGCCUCUUGUCUCCUUAGAGGGUAAAACGCAAUUAUUCGAGGCCCUCUUGGAUGUUUUACCACGGAUUGGUAAAGAUGAGUCCCUCGCUUUGUCAGUGGCUAGAGUUCUUGUAAUGCUUACUAGAGUGCGUGCUCUUGCGACUCGACUUGGUGAAAGAAGAAAUCUUCAACGCUUGUUCGUCAUGAUAAAACAAUUGAGCAACCCCUCAAAUGAAAAGCUGCAAAAUUCAUUUAUGCUUAUACUUAGGCAUAUCGUUGAAGAUGAAGAUACAAUCCGCCAAAUCAUAAGGAACGACAUCAUUUCAAGCUUCGAUUCUCGUCCUUCUCGCCAGACAGAUACAACUAACUUUGUUCGUCAAUACAGCCAUCUGGUCAUAAGGGCUCCCCAGCUCUUCGUCGAGGUGACAAAUGAGCUUUUAAAACUUGCAAGAUACGAUUCAAACCAGCGGCCUCAAACUCUUGUUUUGAAGAAUCCGAAGAAGAAUGAGCUGUCGCAGGCAUCAGCGGGAGUUGACAACCCAGACGAAUCUAAAAUCGAACAAGGACAGUCUCCGGUACCAACGAAAGAGGCAGAUCAACAUGAACCCAAGGAAAGCAAGGAGAAACAUAGGGAGCUAAAGACUCCAAUUGUUGAGCAUCCCGAUGGUGUUAUUCACUAUCUUCUUUCAGAACUGCUUUCAUAUAGGGAUGUAGACGACAAAGAGCCCGCCCCGGUUCCACCCGCUGAAAAACCGGUUAAUCGGCCUGAAGAUGUUGAAAUGACAAUUGGUGAAAGUUCUUCCUCAUCACAAGCAGCUACAAACCGUGACUCGUCUUCCAAGAAGGCAGAGAAACCUCACUUCAAGGCCGAUGAACACCCAAUCUAUGUUUACAGAUGUUUCCUCCUCCAUUGCCUUACGGAACUUCUGUCAUCAUAUAAUCGGACGAAAGUUGAGUUCAUCAACUUUUCCCGCAAGGCAGACCCCCUGGCCACGACUCCAUCUAAGCCUCGAUCUGGUAUUUUGAACUAUCUACUUCAUGGUCUCAUUCCAAUCGGAACGAUGGAACACGAUGAAUCAAUUCCUUUCAAAAAGCGAGCCAAUACUUCCAGCUGGGCAAUGAAGGUCAUCAUCGCUUUAUGCACAAAGACAAUUGAAUAUGGUGGCCGGAGAUCGGUUCCAGGCCAAGAGGAGGAGGUCGAGUCUGAUCUACUCUUUGUUCGCAAGUUUGUCUUGGAACACGCCUUGAAAUCCUACAAGGAUGCUACUGCUUCCCGGGAACCUCUUGAUUCUAAAUACGCACGCCUCAUGUGCAUGGCAGAUCUUUUCGAUAAGAUGCUUAGCGGUGGUGCAAGCCCAGAUGGAUCCCCACGCACUGCAUCAGCUACCCGUCAGAUCGCGAAAACGAUGUUCGAGAAGAAUUUCGUGAAUGCUUUCACUGCCUCUGUUGCUGAUAUUGACCUUAACUUCCCGUCAUCCAAGCGUGUCGUGAAAUACAUUUUACGACCUCUUAAUAAGCUCUCUGAAACAGCUGUACUUUUAAGCGAAAGCGGAUCUAUUGAAGCAAAACCGAGCCAAAGUGAUACCGAUGAAAUAUCCUCAGCAAGCUCAGUGUCUGAAUUUUCGUCAUCGAGGGAGGAAACCCCAGACCUUUUCCGUCAUUCCACUUUGGGCAUGUUUGAGCCACAUGAGGAGGAGACUUCUAGUGAAGAAGAUGAAGAGGAUGAGGAAAUGUACGAUGAUGAAUUUGAUGAGGAAAUGGAGUAUGAAGAAGAGAUGCCAGAGAAUGACGGUGAAGUAGUCAGUGAUGAGGAUGAAGAAGAAAUGGACGAGCGAGGCCCAAUUGAAGGGAUACCCGGUGACACUCCCAUGGAUAUCGAGGUUUUGAUCGACGGCGACUCCGAGGAUGAAGAUGAUGAAGAUGAGGAUGACGAAGACGACGAGGAUGAUGAUGACGAGGACGAGGACGACGAUGACGACGACGAAAUGUCGGGACAUCUAGAUGAAAGAAUUGUCGCAGGAGAAAUUACUGGUGAUAAUGACAACAAUAGUCUUCAAGAUGGUGAGGAUGAAUGGGAAAGUGAAGAAGGUUCCGAGGAAGCAGACGACGAACUAGCCAUGAUGAACCAACUUGAACUUGAAUUAGGUGGAGGUAUGGGACAGGGAGAACAUAAUCGCCCGGGUCAACCUCACCUAGAAAACCUUCUCCGGGUCCUGGAAGAGACCGGAGCCUCCGUUGAGCGACUAGACCGUGAGAUGGACCAUGGAAUGGAUAUGAGAGACCUUGCAGAAGAUUUCGUAGAAGACGAUUUAAAUGAGGAAGAAGAUGACGAUGGUGACCUUUCCAACUCACCCUGGAGCUGGGAUGAACCAGUUUUGACCCAAAAUCGUGUCCCUUCACGGAAUAUCCCGUCGUGGAAUUUCUUCCCUGGUCAAAUGGCAAGUAGACAAGGUAUCAUACCAGUGCCUGACUAUCGGUCACAUCGGACGCAGGUUGCACAACCUAGGAACGAUGAUGGCGUAAAUCCUCUCUUACGGCGCAGUGAUCGCGCUCAUGAACAGCCAACUCAAAGACGAGGGCCAAAUGCAGAGGCUUUUAGCGACUGGGUAACUGCAAUGGACCCAAAUAGCCACGGUAGACUUCUCUCGAUUGACAGUCCAGUUACAUUCAUGAAUGCAAUCAUGCAAGCAAUCGGCCAAGGAGGGCCGGAAUUUGGUAUUGUCUCCCGACCGGAUGGAUUCCACCUUCAUGUAGAGCGUGGCUCUGUUCUUCCCGGGCGUCUUCAGGAUCUUUUUGGCCUAGGAAGAGCCCCAGUGGUUACACCUCGUUCCCGCGAUGAUCCUACCCAAGCUGUUGCCUUCCCAACCGGCUCGACUCUAAAUCGUUGGCAAGAAGAGGCUCGACUUCAUUUCAACAACCUCUAUAUGGAAAAGGCACAAAGAGUAGUUCAAUCCAUCCUCAAAUUACUAGUACCUCCGGCCAUUGAGGAAGAUAAACAACGACAAAAGAAGCUUGAGGAAGAAAGAAAACGCCUAGAAGAAGAAAAAAUUGAGCGAGAAAAGCAAGAACGCAUUGCUCGAGAGGAGGCUGAAAAGGAGAAAAAACGAAAAGAGGAAGAGGAAGAGGCUGCAAGGAAAUUAGAAGAAGAGCGCUGUGCUGCAGAAAAUGCUCAGGCAGGCAAUGCUGAGCCUAUGGAAGACGUGCAACCCACAGAAGCUGCUGGUCCAGCGGCGGAGCAGCCUUCUACUGAGACUACUGCUCCAGAAGCUAGCUCUUCAGAACCAGCCCAAAGAAUCCACACUACCAUACGUGGACGACAACUUGAUAUCACUGGUAUGGAAAUCGAUCCAGAGUACCUUGAGGCGCUUCCAGAAGAGAUGCGAGAGGAAGUAAUCCUGCAACAGCUUGCAGAACAGCGCUCUCAAGCAGCCGUGGCAGGCGAAGAGCCAAGCGAAAUUAACCCGGAAUUUCUCGAAGCGUUACCAGCGGAAAUCCGAGAAGAACUCCUCCAGCAAGAGGCAGCUGAUCGCCGUCGUCGCGAACGGGAAGCGGCCCGUCGCCAAGCGGCAGCGAAUGGGGCUCCUCAUGCUGAAGAUAUGGACCCUGCCAGCUUCAUAGCAACACUUGAGCCAUCACUUCGACAAACCGUAUUGGCUGACCAACCCGAUGAUAUAUUAGCAUCACUUGGGCCAGAGUUCGUGACUGAAGCCCGUGCGUUGACUGGCGGCCGAAGGCUUCCCCGAUUUGGUGAUACUGGCGUUCUGGACGCUCACCCUCCUGCUGGAUCUGCUCGUCAGGACCAAGAAGCCAAGAAGCCUCAACGUCGACAAAUUGUUCAGGUGGUCGAUAAAGCUGGUGUGGCAACUUUACUUCGCCUAAUGUUCAUGCCGCUGCAAGGAAAUGCCAGACAUCAUUUGAACGAUAUCCUCCAUAAUAUUUGCCAGAACCGCCAGAAUAGAUCAGAAGUGAUUAGCCUUCUCUUAUUGAUCCUCCAAGAUGGGAGUGCUGAUAUUUCGGCGGUGGAGAGGAGCUUUGCCCAUUUGUCACUGCGGGCAAAAACGCCCACUUCCCAGCGAACACCUCAGCCUGUAAAGCGGGCCUUGUCACUUCCUGUACCUGGUGCUAACCAUGAUGUGACUCCCUUGAUUGUCAUUCAACAAUGCCUAGGCGCUCUUUCGUUCCUAACUCAGUACAACCCUCACAUCCCUUGGUUUUUCCUCACUGAGCACGAAACUGUCUCUGCCCUCAAGAUGAAGGCUCUACGCAAAGGAAAAGCUAAGGAUAAUAGGGCAAACAAGUUUGCUCUAAAUUCUCUACUGUCUUUGCUUGAUCGAAAAGCCAUUUUAGAUAGCCCCAACUGUAUGGAACAGUUAUCCGGCUUGCUUAGCAGCAUUACCCAUCCCCUGACAAUAUUGCUCCGAAAGGAAGCAGACAAGCCAGGUGCUUCCGAAAGCAAGGGGGCUGAGAAGAAACCCGAAACUGAGCCGCAGCCACAGAAUACGGGCGAUGCCCAAACACGCGACUUAACAACUCAGCCGGACACAGCAAUGACGGAUCUAACCACUGGAAGUUCAGAUAGUGCCGUCCGGCAAGAGCAAAGGGAAGACGGUAAUACUGAGAGCGAAAAAUCAUCUAAAGAGGACCGAAAGCAAAAGAAAGUACGCACAAUUGACCCUCCAGUGAUUCCAGAGUAUAAUCUACGACUUGUGGUUCAUAUUCUCUCUGCCCGUGAGUGCAAUGGCAGAACAUUCCGGGAGACCCUCUCCACAAUCAAUAAUUUGUCGUCAAUUCCUGGUGCAAAAGAAAUUAUCGGCAAAGAACUAGUCGGUCAAGCGCAGACUUUGAGCAAAUCAAUACUCGUUGACUUAGAGGAGCUAAUCCCUCAUAUUACUAAUGCUGAGUCUGGUACUGAUGUACAGGGUAUGGCCCUCGCAAAAUUCUCACCAGCAAGUUCCGAUCAAGCCAAGUUAUUACGUGUUUUGACCGCUCUUGACUAUCUAUUUGAUCCCAGCCGAGAAAAGGAGAAACUAUCAGAGGCCGAAGCAUCUGAAAAGACGAACACUCUCAAAGCCCUCUAUGAAAGUGUUACCUUUGGGCCGCUUUGGACGAAGUUAAGCGAUUGCCUUCAUGCUGUCCAACGCAAAGAAUCCAUGCUCAACGUUGCAACAACACUUCUCCCGCUCAUUGAGUCGCUCAUGGUUGUCUGCAAGAAUACUACACUCAAAGAUGUCCCACUCUUCCCUAAGCAGGGGCGCGAGUUCAGUGUAUCCAGCCCGCCUCCUGAUUCUGGCAUGGAGGGCCUGUUCUUCAAUUUCACAGAAGAUCAUAGGAAGAUUCUCAAUGAGCUUGUGCGACAGAAUCCCCGACUCAUGAGUGGCACAUUCUCGCUGCUAGUCAAGAACCCGAAAGUUCUGGAGUUUGAUAACAAGCGUAACUACUUCAAUCGCAAAAUACACUCCCGCGGUACUGAGGCUCGCCAUCCCCAUCCUCCGUUACAGCUUUCUGUUCGUCGUGAUCAGGUCUUCCUCGAUUCCUUCAAAUCGCUAUACUUUAAGACCGCAGAUGAGAUGAAAUAUGGCAAGCUGAGCAUCCGAUUCCACGGCGAGGAAGGUGUUGAUGCUGGUGGUGUGAGCAGGGAGUGGUUCCAAGUCCUCGCAAGAGGGAUGUUCAACCCAGACUACGCUCUGUUUAUUCCAGUCGCGUCUGAUCGGACAACUUUCCACCCCAACCGCCUUAGUGGAGUCAACCAGGAACAUUUGAUGUUCUUCAAGUUUAUCGGACGCAUCAUUGGUAAGGCUCUGUAUGAAGGCAGAGUCCUAGACUGUCAUUUUAGCAGAGCAGUCUACAAGCGAAUUUUGGGCAAGUCAGUCUCCAUCAAGGACAUGGAAACUCUAGACCUCGACUACUACAAGUCUCUUCUGUGGAUGUUGGAAAAUGAUAUCACUGAUAUCUUAACCGAAAACUUUUCAGUUGAAGUCGAAGAUUUCGGCGAAACCCGAGUUAUUGACUUGGUAGAGAAUGGUCGAAAUAUCCCGGUGACCCAAGAGAACAAGGAAGAGUACGUGCAACAUGUUGUCGAGCACCGGUUGACUGGCUCCGUCAAGGAGCAACUAGACCAUUUCCUCCGUGGUUUCCAUGACAUUAUACCAGCCGACCUUAUCUCGAUCUUUAAUGAACAGGAGCUGGAACUUCUCAUCUCCGGGUUGCCUGAGAUUGAUGUUAACGACUGGAAGAACAACACUGAAUACCACAACUAUUCCGCAUCCUCUCCACAGAUUCAAUGGUUCUGGCGCGCUGUUCGAUCAUUCGAUAAAGAAGAGCGGGCCAAGCUACUUCAGUUUGUCACCGGUACAAGCAAAGUGCCAUUGAACGGAUUCAGAGAACUUGAAGGCAUGAAUGGAUUUAGUAAAUUCAACAUCCAUCGUGACUAUGGAAGCAAUGACCGACUUCCAAGUUCGCACACCUGCUUCAACCGUAAGUAG